AUGGCCCCCGCCGCCGUCUCCCCCGGCGUCCAGGACGUCGACCUGACCUCCUCCGCCAUUGAGCGCAAGCUUGACGCCCUGCCUGUCAAGAAUGGCAGCGCCGUCGGCGUCAGCGCUGACGCCAAUGGCAAGAAGGUCUCCCAGCCCGCCGAGCUCGACGCCUCCAAGCUCGUCUUCACCCGCAACACCAACCCCCGCGCCGUGCCCUCGGAGGCUGUCGCCAACUCGGGCACCGAGACCAUCUGCACCGACCACAUGAUCACCGCUACCUGGAAUGCCACCACCGGCUGGGCCGCCCCCGAGCUCAAGCCCUACGGCCCCCUCUCGCUCAUGCCCACCGCCUCGGUCCUCCACUACGCCACCGAGUGCUUCGAGGGUCUCAAGUGCUACCGCGGCGAGGACGGCCGCCUUCGCCUGUUCCGCCCGAGCCUCAACGCCGCCCGCAUGCUCAUGUCGACCCUGCGCAUCUCUCUCCCCGCUUUCCCGCCCGCCGAGCUCGAGAAGCUGCUGCACGCCCUGCUCGCCGUCGACGGCCCCAAGUGGCUGCCCCGCGACCGCCCGGGCUCCUUCCUCUACAUCCGCCCCACCAUGAUCGGCACCCAGUCCCAGCUCGGCGUCCAGGCCCCCUCCGAGGCCAUGCUCUACAUCAUCGUCUCCUUCAUGCCCCGCAUGGACUCGCCCCCCGGCGGCAUGCGCCUGCACACGUCCCCCGAAGACCAGGUCCGCGCCUGGGUCGGCGGCUUCGGCUACGCCAAGGUCGGCGCCAACUACGGCCCCUCCCUGGCCGCCACCGUCGAGGCGCGCAAGCGCGGCUUCGGCCAGAUCCUCUGGCUCUACGGCGAGGACCAGCUUUGCACCGAGGCCGGCGCCAGCAACUUCUUCGUCGCCUGGAAGAGCAAGCAGGACCCCUCCAAGAUUGAGCUCGUCACGGCGCCCCUGGACGACAGGCUCAUCCUCGACGGCGUCAACCGCCGCAGCGUUGUCGCCCUGGCCCGCGAGCGCCUCGCCGGCGAGGUCAACGUUGUCGAGCGCAAGUACUCCAUCGACGAGGUCAUCGAGGCCGACGCCGAGGGCCGCCUGCUCGAGUCCUUUGCCACUGGCACCGCCUACUUCGUCUGCCCCAUCUCCCUCAUCCACCACCGCAGCAAGGACAUCAACAUCGGCAUGGGCUCCGGCGAGGGCGGCGAGCUCACCCUCAAGCUCAAGGGCUACAUGCGCGACAUCAUGUACGGAGGCGAGGAGCACGAGUGGGCCGUCACCGUCCAGGAGGAGCAGUAA